AUGGUUUCUAACUGGACCAAAAUACCACCACCACUUUUCAAAAAAGUUGUCAUUGUGCUGAUAGAUGCUUUGAGAGGUGACUUUGUGUUUGGAUCCAAAGGUAAACAGUUCAUGCCAUAUACUACACAAGUUGUUGAAAAAGGGACAUCCUACAGUUUCAUUGCUGAAGCGAAGCCACCCACUGUGACUAUGCCUCGAAUUAAGGCUUUGAUGACGGGUAGCAUACCUGGUUUCAUUGAUGUUAUUGUGAACCUCAAUUCUCCAGCUCUGUUGGAUGACAAUCUGAUAUGGCAGGCAAAAACAGCCGGGAAAAGAAUAAUCUUUUACGGUGAUGAUACUUGGGUUAAAUUAUUUCCAAAGCAUUUCGUGGAAUAUGAUGGAACAACAUCCUUUUUUGUGUCAGACUUUACAGAGGUUGAUGAUAAUGUUACCAGGCAUUUGGAUAGAGUGUUAAAGAGAGAAGACUGGGAUCUCCUAAUACUACAUUAUCUGGGAUUGGACCAUAUUGGACACAUGACUGGGCCAAACAGCCCAUUAGUGGGACCAAAACUGCGCGAAAUGGAUAACAUCCUGAAGAAGAUUCAUAUUUCUCUUCUUUCAAAGGAAGAAGCUUCUCUGCCCAAUUUACUAGUUGUUUGUGGAGAUCAUGGGAUGUCUGAAACAGGUAGCCAUGGUGGUUCUUCAGAAGGAGAAGUGCACACACCACUGCUGUUUAUCAGCUCCGCUUUUGAAAAAAGAAGUGGUCCUUUAACCCAACCUGAACUUGUGCAACAAACUGAUUUAGCUAGCACACUGGCAGUAGGUCUUGGUCUACCAAUUUCAAGAAACAGUGUUGGGAACCUUAUAUUGCCAGUUGUGGGAGGCAAGACAAUGAGAGACCAACUACGUUUUGUGCACCUGAAUGGGUUCCAGCUUAGCAGGCUGCUGCAAGAGAAUACACCUGUGUAUGAAAAAGAUCCUGGAUAUGAACAUUUUAAGAUAGCAGAAAAGUCCCAUGGUAAUUGGAUCAAACUGUAUUUAGAGGGAAAUAAUUCAGAAAUACUCUUAAAUCUUGGCAAAAAGGUCCUGAAGCAAUAUUUGGAGGCCCUGAAGACUCUGAGUUCUUCACUGAGCAAACAAGUGGCACAAUAUGACAUGUAUUCGAUGAUGGUGGGGACUGUGAUCAUUAUGGAGGUUCUGCUGCUGCUUUUGCUCAGCGUUCCAAAAGCCCUGAGCAGCCGGGCAGAAUUUGAAGUGCCCCUCUCCCCUCCACUAUUCUCUCUGCUGUUUUACUUGAUGUGUCUGAUGCUGUGUGCAGUUCAUGUCAUUGUAUGCACAUCAGCAGAAAGUUUAUGCUAUUUCUGCAGUAUGUCCUGGUUAACAGCAGUUGGAGUGAUGGUGCUGAUUUCUGCACUCAUGUGUGGUAUUUUUUCUACCAUUGCAAAGAUCUUUGAGAAUUCCAGGCUUCCACUGAAGAAUCCAGUUGUGUCCAGUUCCAGCUGGUCAGAAAUAGAUGUGCUGAUGCUGGCUGGAACAAUUGGCCAUGUUUUGAGUUUGGGGGCAAGCAGUUUUAUAGAAGAGGAACAUCAAACCUGGUAUUUUCUUACCAAUACGCUUUGUUUGGUGCUGUGUCAGGAACUUUGUAGAAAUAAUUUUCUUCUGAAAGAAUGUGACCCUCAACAUAGCACCACUGUGAAACAAAAUUUUGAUAGUAUCAGGGAAGCCUCUGAGUGCAAGAAUAUAGACAUUCCACCAGCAGGUAGUUCAAAAUUGGACAAGGCCAUCUCUUCAGCUGAAUUCAUAAAAGCAUCAGAUAAGUGGAUAAGCUUAGCGAGUCCAUGGAUCAUCCUUAUUUGCUGCCGGCUACUUCGAUCCUUGAAUCAGACAGGUGUGCAGUGGGCUCAUCGGCCAGACUUUGGACAUUGGCUGACAAGCUCUGAACAUAAAUCUGAACUCUCCUUCUUGGCUGCAGUCUCCCUACUUAUGAUCUUCUUUCUGGUUCAAAGAAGAUGCUCCCUGGUUUCAAAAAUUGCUAUGGCACUCGGGCUCCUGGGAGUCUACAGUUACCGGGCAACUAUUGGAAAUGUCAUAUUUCCAUGGCAACAUGACGGCAAAGAUAUUUCGAAGGGGAUUACUGAAGCUCGUUUUGUUUAUGUCUUUGUUCUUGGCAUAGUCUUCACUGGCACUAAAGAUUUACUAAAGUCACAGGUUAUUUCUGCAGACUCCAGUGUGAAGAGUACUGGAUUAUGGGAAGUGUAUAGUGGAUUGGUUCUCCUAGCAGCCCUUCUAUUUAGACCUCACAAUUUACCAGUCUUGGUGUUUUGUCUGCUGAUUCAGACAAUGAUGACAAAAUACAUCUGGAGACCUUUGAAAUUUGAUGCAGCACAGAUUACUAUCAUGCACUACUGGUUUGGCCAAGCUUUCUUCUAUUUUCAGGUAAGCUGA